CGGUCGCUGCACAUCCCGACUCCGAUUGCAGGGCUGGUCGUUAGCUGCGGGCUCCAUGAAAUUCAUCUUACUGUGUGUGUGGCUGUCCAGUCUGCUGGAUCUGUGCUCCCUGUCACCAAGCCCUGACACUCAAACCAACACAAAGUGCAAGAACGUCGAAUGCAACAAGAAUGCCAGCUGCACCGUGGUGGCUGGGAAACUCGGAUGCUACUGCAAAGCAGGCUUCACGGGUGAUGGAGUGCGUUACUGCGAAGAUGAUGACGAGUGCCAGAAUUCGACAUUAACCUGUGGACAAAAUGCAACCUGCAACAACACGUACGGGAGUUACUACUGCACCUGUGUCAAGGGUUAUCAGUCCUCAAAUCAAAAGAAGGAAUUUAUCCCAAAUGAUGGGACUACCUGCCAUGAGAGUGUGGAGAUACCCUGCUACUUAGACAGUGACUGUCUCUCCGGAAGGAUUAAUGAUACCUUGCAGCAGCUGAGCAGCUUUGGAGAACCACAGACUGCACUGAAGGAAAUUGCCAAGAACACCACUGGGGGCCUGACUGCGACAGAUGUGCUUUUAUAUGUUGAGGUGCUCCUACGAUCAACACCAUCACUGAGUGCGAUCAAUGAGACUCUACCCAAUACAACAGCGGUUGUCAACGUCACCAUUAAUGCCAUAGUGAAAACAGUGAACAAUCUUUUAAAACCAAGCGAGAUGACGGUGUGGAAUGAAAUCCUUGAGGAUGAGAGGAAAAAAAGUGCCACCAAGUUGCUGCAUACAAUGGAAAUGUCAGCGAUUAGUAUCUCACAGCACCUGAAGAGUUCAACAGAGCUGGAAUUUAAGGAGAGUGACAUUGCCCUCAAACUGUACACUUUUGAUCUCAGCCAAGAUGAGCAACCUCAACCUCAAGCAAAUUUGGAAGAAAAUCAUAUAAGUAUUUCUCGACGUAAGGAUGAUAGGGCCAGCUCUAAUGGGACUGUUGCAAUCAUUUUCCUUCAGUAUAAUAGUAUUGGCUUGCUGCUCGAACCCUCCAACAGCUCACAGGAGAGGGAAGUCAAUGGGACGGCGCUACAGAAAGAGUAUACCGUGAAUUCGCCCAUCAUUGCAGCAGCUGUCAGAGCCAACCCUCCAACACUGUACCUUAUGGACCACGUAACAUUCACAAUGAGGCACUUAAAGCCUCUGAAGGAGAAGAAAUCUGUCUGUGUGUUCUGGAAUUACUCCAUUCUCAGCAUGGAGGGGGAGUGGGACACUAGAGGGUGCGAGAGUCUCUAUUUCAAUGCCACACAUACCACCUGCCGGUGUAAUCACCUGACCAACUUUGCGGUCCUGAUGUCAUCUUCCCAGAUCAGGGAAGUUCUACAUAAUAAUAUCCUGACUCGGAUCACCCAGCUGGGGAUUAUCGUGUCCUUGAUCUGCCUGUCAAUGUGCAUCUUUACCUUCUGUUUCUUCAGUGAGAUUCAGAGCACCAGAACAACCAUUCACAAGAACCUCUGCUUCAGCCUCUUUAUUGCAGAGCUGUUGUUCCUUACUGGGAUUAACAUGAACAGCAAUAAGCUCCUCUGUUCCAUCGUGGCUGGACUACUUCAUUACUUUUUCCUGGCUGCCUUUGCCUGGAUGUGCAUUGAGGGCAUUCACCUGUACCUCAUUGUGGUUGGGGUCAUCUAUAACAAAGGGUUCCUGCACAGAAACUUCUACAUCUUCGGCUACGGCAGCCCUUCCGUUGUCGUAGGGAUCUCAGCACUGCUCGGCUACAAGUAUUACGGCACCGAUAAGAUCUGCUGGCUCAGCACAGAAAACAACUUUAUAUGGAGCUUCAUUGGCCCGGCAUGUUUAAUCAUUUUAGUCAAUCUGCUGGCAUUUGGAGUCAUUAUUUACAAGGUGUUCCGGCACACUUCCAUGUUGAAACCAGAAGUGAGCUGCUAUGAAAAUAUUAGGUCAUGUGCUCGCGGUGCUCUUGCUCUGCUCUUCCUCCUCGGUGCUACCUGGACCUUUGGUGUGUUGCACAUUAUCAAGGGGUCCGUGGUGACGGCAUACCUAUUCACCAUCUCCAAUGCAUUCCAAGGGAUGUUCAUCUUCGUAUUUCUCUGCAUCCUGUCAAAGAAAAUUCAGAAAGAGUACUACAGGUUAUUGAAAAAUGUUCCCUGUUGCUUUGAAUACCUGAGAUGAAUUUGACUGAAGAAUCUGGACAAUCAACAUGAAAUGGGAGAAGGAAAACUGCCUUUCAGUAGAGCUGCACUUGACAUUGAUGGGUUGUGACUAUAGUUUAUUUAAAUCUUUACUUUAUGGGGUGGGCUGCAUUGGGAUGGAGUGGGUGCAGAUGAGUGCACAAAUCCCUUAAAAUCCUUACAACAGGUCUUCAAUUCCACUUGGAUUCUCCUCUAGUUUUUAAAUGUAUUUCUUAAUGAAGAUGUUAACACAAUUUCCCCUUUCGUGUAACCUUACAUCCAGUAAAAACUCAACUGUAAUUUCUAGGUUUGCAUUUUAAUAUCUUUCAGAAUGAAGGGGGACAACAACUGUUGGUCUCCACAAAUGUUUAGAAACGUGAAUAUCUGAAAUAUGGUUUUUUUUUUGCUUGCUUCAUCAUAAAAAUAGCACAGAAGGAGGCCAUUCAGUCCAAGGCAAUCCCUGCUGGCUCUCUUUUCUAAGGGUAAUAAGAUGCAAGAUUAUGGGGUCCUAAGACUUUCUGCUAAGUGAGCCCUGGUUGCUAGAUUAACCUUACAUGCUUGAUUAGUCUCGACAGUGUGGCGGGAGUGCUUUCACGAUGUGGAUUGCAGUGGCUCAAGGACAAGGCUCAACAUUUUCCAGAAGCUAGUCACCGACAAAAUAUUCUGAUCUUGUGCAUCCGAGAAUUUAUUUUCUUCAACUUCUGCUGACAAAGAAAUCAGCUGAUGUUACUCUGCUUGUUUACCUUCCGUGACCUCGUCAUGGUGACUUUGGCCUCCACCUCUUCAUUCCAAAUCAAAGGUCACGUGUAGAAGUCCCCGAGAAGGACACAGCAGAAAAAUAAAAAGCGUUACAUUUUGGAUUAGAUUGUGGCUUUGGGUCCUCCAGUGAGCAACAAGGAGAGAUAGUGGGAGACUCCGUGUCACAGUUAGCCCAAGGGUUGGCCAUUUCUAUAGGAUUAUCCAUUUCUAUAGGUGGUAUUGCAGUGGGAACUCCUCUACCUUGUAGACUAUUUUAUUCCACAGAUGUGUAAUUUGAUACAUUUAAGUGGCAAAUCUUGAGGAUCAUCAAAGUAGAUCUUCUUAUCAAGGACUUGUUUCAUGAUAAUCUGAACUCCUGUGCUGAAUACACGAUAAUGUCAACUAGGAUGAGGGACUUGGGAUGUUAGAAUUUCUCAUAGUGGUUCAACUGAUUGGUAUUUUAGUGAAGAGUUUUAUCCUGUAAAUAGAUUUCUGUGGAUACAAAAGAAUUCUCUGCAAAAUAAACUCGUUUACGUUUAUGCUUUUUAAAUAAAGGCGUGAAAUUGU